UUUUUCUCCGUUUCUGCCAAGAGAACCACCUGCCAAAACCAUCGAAUCCAUCCUCCUUCCUUAACUGUUUCGACGGCCGCCAGUGAGAGUUGGCCGAGUUCCGGUGCUGCUAUGGUGUCUUCUUCUUGGCCGUGAUUUCUCGUUCUUCCCCCAUUCUGUGAUCGCGUGAACCUGCUGUUGCAGAGGUUUGGGUUGCGAGUUAGUGGUUCCUUGUGUUGGCGUCGGACGUUCACUAAUUCCGCUUCUCGACGUCGAGGGUCCUUCCUUCUCCACGUCCGAUCUGCAACUUCCUCUUCAUGCUUCUGCCUUCGUGAUGUGAGCCUGAAGCUGCGAGAGUUGCUGUGAUCUGAUUCCAACACCAGUUUCAGAGAGAUACAUAACAAGCAGAUGGUAUCGUUUGGUUGUCAUGAGUACUCUGUAAAAUGUGGGAAAUUAGAAGUUGGAUUAACCAAAGAUUGAAGAGAAACAAAACUGUCCCACAUAGUUGUUCCUUUCCCAGUGAAUCUCUGGAAUUUGAAAACUAGUCUCCUUCUGUUUGGUGGGAAUGGCCACUUCUGCUGGUCUUUGAUGAUCCGCUCUGGCAUGAGUACGGCAGCAUUUUGUUUAGGCCAUGUGCCAAGUGGUUUGGUUUAGACCAUGUUUUCUUUAGCCCUAGUAGGUUCAAGAAUAGUCCAUAAGUUUUCAUAUAGUUUGGCUAUAUCUCGCAAGCUAUGUGACCAGCCAUUUCAUGGUGACCAUGUUGAAAAUGGAUUUGAAUUUUAUGAGGAGCCUUUGAGAAGAAUGUGGGAUCAAUCAGAUUAUGAUGUCAUUAGAAAUGAAGGUCAUAGUUCACUUGAGGAUGAGAACUAUAACCAGAAACAUUUUUCACUUAGACAGGGAUUCUUAGAAAGCGUGAAGAUAGAUGCUGAGCGGGUUUUUGAAGUUCUUCGACAGGAUGGACCGGGAGUUGAUUCCAGAUUGGUUUUAAAUGAGUUGGAUGUAAGGCCAUCUGGUCUUCUUGUGAGACAAGUUCUCUCUGAUAUUUUGAAGAACAUAAAUUGUGAAAAUAAGACUAGGUGUGCAAAAUUGGCUUAUAAAUUUUUUGUUUGGUGCAGUCAGCAGCAGAGUUACCAGCAUACUACUGACUCCUAUCACUUAAUAAUGAAGAUAUUUGCAGAGAGUGAAGAGUUUAAAGCAAUGUGGAGGCUAGUAGAUGAGAUGAAUGAGAAAGGAAUCCCUGCUACUGCACGAACUUUUCGCAUUUUGAUUUGUACUUGUGGUGAGCUAGGUUUUGCUAAGAAAGUGGUGGAGAGAUUCCUAAAAUCAAACAUGUUUCACUAUAGGCCCUUUAAGCACUCCUACAAUGCAAUCCUCCAUUGUCUUCUCAAUCUAAAGCAAUACAAGUUAAUUGAGUGGGUUCAUCAGCAGAUGUUGCUUGAGGGUCUUCCCUCAGAUAUUUUAACUUAUAAUAUUGUCAUGUAUGCCAAGUACAGGCUUGGGAAGCUGGAUCAGUUGCAUAGAUUGCUUGAUGAAAUGGGCAGAAAUGGUUUUUCUCCAGAUUUUUAUACUUAUAACAUUCUUCUUCACGUUCUUGGCAAAGGAGACAAACCACUUGCAGCUCUUAAUCUCUUAAAUCACAUGACAGAAAUGGGUAUAGAGCCAACUGUUCUUCAUUUCACCACAUUGAUAGAUGGACUCAGCAGAGCUGGGAAUGUUGAUGCUUGCAAAUAUUUUUUCGAUGAAAUGAUAAAGAAUGGAUGUAUGCCUGAUGUGGUGGCUUACACAGUGAUGAUCACAGGAUAUGUGGUGGCUGGUGAGAUUGAGAAAGCUCAAGGAAUGUUUCAUGAGAUGAUUUCUAAAGAACAAAUCCCAAAUGUUUUCACAUACAAUUCCAUGAUUCAUGGAUUGUGUGUGGCAGGGAAGUUUGAUGAAGCAUGUUCAAUGCUCAUAGAAAUGGAGGCUAAAGGUUGUAAUCCAAAUUUUGUUGUGUACAGCUCCUUAUUGAGUAGUUUGAGGAAAGCUAAAAAACAUGCUGAAGCUCAUGAUGUAAUGGAACGGAUGAUGGAAAAGGGAAAGUAUGCCCAUCUACUUUCAAGGUUCAAUGGGCACAAGAGAUAGCCAGAAAUAGAUGCUCUGAUUGGAGAUGACUUAAGGGAAUCAACUUACAAGUCUUUUUAAUUGAGAUGAUUCACCUGCUUCUUUUUCAGCUGGUGUAGAAGUUGGGGGAACUAAGCAUGUGAUUUCCCUCUGCAUUUGCGAAGAUGCUUAUUUAUAAAAGUGAAGGUGCAUGAAAUGCCUUUUACCUACAUUGUGUAAGGUGUAAUAGUGAUUCUUUUGUUGGUCCUCUUCAUUUUUCCACUACUAAUGACCUUCAUAUGUGUUUGUGGUGUAUACUUAAGUAAUAUGAAACUUGAAUUCUCAUUGGAGCUUUGUGUAGAAGGUGAUUACUUUUCUUUUUCCUUGACUAGGGUUAACUGGAUAUAGCAUUAAUUAUCUUCCAGAAAAAUGAUGGAGGUCAGCUAGUUAAUUUGGUGUUCUGGAUGCUCUUCAGCUUUUGGAAUGAAUAGAUGACUACCUAUCCCGAACAAAAGUUCUUGAUUAGAUACGGAGGAAUAUCAUCUAGCUGCUUGUCUGAAGUAUGCAAAUUGUUGGUUGUACAAUUAGUAACUUUACAGUUGUUCUCUUUAUCACUUUAUUAGUCUCUGUGAUGUGAUACAUAACAUGUGAGUUUUCCUUCAUAUAAUUUAAAGAACGAAGGGAAAAUCGCACAGAAGGACUGCUGAAGCAUGUUAUUUGCAGACAAGGACCAAUUAAUUAUGAAUUAGCACUGCAGUGUUACUUAAGAAGCAUCAUGGAGUUUACUGCAGAAUCUCAAAUACUUCAAAAUGGUAAUUGAACAUAUGUUUGGUUAUUACCUAUAAAAAUAAUAUUAUUAUGUUACUUAAGAAAGUUGUUGGAACCUUCCAAGUGGCAUUUGAUAUCUUAGUUUAUGCUCGAUUAUUUAAAAUUCAACCUCUUAGUAGUUGAAAAAUUAUAAGGUUCACUUACAGAAUGCUACAUUUACUAAAUGCACGUUUUUUCCUAAAUAUUGGGUGUUUUUUUUGUGAAGGGAAAGUCCACAGCUUUUUGGCUUUCUGCUGCAUUCUUAAUCUGCUGUUGUGUGAAAAUACUAAAGUAGAAGAAGCGAAAGAACUUUCCUUGACAAUAUAUUCGGCAUUAACUUAUCCCAUUGUAAGAUUGGUUUUGCUGCAAAGGCUCUGCAUAAAUGAAUCAGACUAUUAGAGAAUGAUCUUGACCCAAGAAGAGAAUUUGCUUCUAUUGAUUCAGUAAAAUGAGAAUUAGACUUAUCCACUUUUGUUAUUGUCUCACUUCUUUUGUUGUCUGUUUUUAGGAGGAAGUUUUCUUGAGCAGGUAAUGCCUGGCUUGCUACUGGGGUCUUGCCAUAAAUAUGGUAAUGAACUUUUUAGUACUGAUGCAUCCUCUUGUCUGCUUUGGAACAAUUUAAAUUUAAAUUUAAAUCAAGUGUUCACUUUUUUAAUCUAGGAUUGUUCAUUUACAAGAUCUUCAUGAUUUGAUUAUCAAUGUUUGGCUGAAUUGCUUAUGUUGUUUGAUAUUAAAGUGCUUUUAAUUGAUGAUUUAAUGGUCCAUACAGGAUUGAAGUUGUUCUGACUUCAAUAAAAUGUAAUAAUUUAUGUUUUAAAGAAACUAUUAUUAUAUCUUUAACUUAUUCUUAAUGUCAUUUUUUUAAGAAUAAAGGUACAAUUCUCCAGGCUUGAGCUCCUAAGUUGGGAGCUCAUUCUUCAAAUUAGCUCCUCAUGAUUUCGCUUUCCUAUAGAUUGUAUCUUAGUUAGACCUUAUAAUUUGAAAUGCAUUGGCUUGGACUCUGCAUCAAUUUAUUUAGUGCAAGUUUUUGUUUUUGGCUUGAGGGCUGACCUUACCUUGUCACUUUUCAAAUCUUUGUUUCAGUCCCAAAGCCAGCUUUCACGUAGCCACUUAAUGGUAUAACCAGGUUUCCUACCCUCUCAUGGCUUGAUUAGUUACCUCUAAUUGUCCAGAGCUUUUGUUGACUUGCAACGCACUGUAUCUUGGAGGUUUUGCUUUGAGAGUUGAAAGAAGAUAUUAUUUGGUUACGUAAUUAUGCUAAAAAAUUUGUUUCAGGGAGCUAUAACAAAGUGCUUAAUUUUCUCAUAGGUUCGAUGUACAAGGUUUACCAGUUUAAUAUAUGCAUUCAUAUGAUGGUAGCUUACAACCUCAAAACAUAAGGGUUGAUUGCUACACAUAUAUCCUGUUUUCACAAUAAAAUAUAAUUAAGUCAUAUGUUGUAUUGUUGGUUCAAGCACAAUUUAAAUUGUUAGCAUUGAUCCGUUUGCUUCACCAGUCGAAAGUCAUUAAAACAAUGGAAGCAAGUGUCUCAAAUGAAUUAAAUGGUAUUAGAAACAUUAGAAGCAUAUAUUAAUUGAGUCAUGUGGUUUCAUUUAGUAUGAUAUGGAAGAAAUUUCAGGAUUGUAAAUUCAUGCAUGUUUUUUAUUAGUGAGAUGAGGGGUUUCCUUGAUCAUAUAUAUAUUUUUUUAUUGCAUCUUAACCUGAAAAUUUUCAUUGCAGAUUUUAAUAAUUAUCAUGAACUUUGUGUUUUCCAUCACAAUUAUCCUAAGAAUUUUGGUUUGCAAGUGCACAUAGUGUUUAUUAAGUUCUGAAGUUCUUUAGGCAUUAUUAAUCAGUAGUGUGCUUGGACUUGAUAGCAACUUUCUUAACAUUAUAUUGUGUUUAUAGUAUUUAAAUGUAUUCUUCUGUUUGUGUCUUAUUUCUAUAUGCCUCCUUGUCUCAUACAGUCCUUUUGUUUGAUCACCUUUGUUCGUGAGCGGUGACAAAAUUAACUAAACUUUUGUUGUCCAAUGUGAUAAUCCAAGAGCAUAGGCAAGCUAUAUUUCAUCAUCCUAGCAUUGAUUACCCCGAAAUUCAUUAUAAAGUCAAUGACGAACAGAAAGUUCCUAGGAGUUGUAAAGAGUUUGCUUCUACAUUUUUCCGGGGAAAGAGUUUCUUAGAAGCAACACCAUCACCAUGCAUAGUUCCUUUUGUUGUCAAUCUUGGAUCAUAAUGAGAAGUGUCGUUAUUAUCAGGAAGGAUCUUGUGACAUUGAUUUGAAGGAACGAAAGUUGACUGUUAAGGAAAUGUGUAGCUGGAGGCAAUGUUGGCAAGUUGUUUCUGAGCCUUUUGGGAUACAAAAAUCACCUUCCAAGCCUAGACACUGUUACCUGAAUCGUUUUGUUCAAAUGCUGUGUAUAGUUAUUUUGAACAAUUAUAAGUUGGUCAAAUCUGAAUAAUUGUUCAACUUAUAUUCUGAUGUAUGUAUUUUUAAGUCACUGUGUGAGAGCUUGGCAAGUUCUUUGUUCAGCACAUUAAUCGAGUGUUCUCUGCUUUUGUUU